AUGGCGCCGCUGUACACAUUUUUCGUGGCGCUCCAGGACAUUGAGGACAGCAUGGGGCACACGCAGUUCCUGCCCUACACCCACACGCCCGACGCUCACCUGCUGUGGAAUGCGGCCGCAAAAUCGGGGCAGCUCAAGGAGCGAUUCAUCUCGCUGCAGCCGGCGAUGCAGUCGGCGCUCUUGACAGGCGACGCAUCGGUGUUUGACUCGCGCUUGCUGCACUGCGGCUGCGCCAACGAGUCCCAGAAGACGCGCGUGCUGUUCUAUGUCACGCUCUCGCGCGACGCUGAGUGGCCGCUGCCCGGCGGCCUGCACGGCAGCAACAGCAUUCGCGCCGAGGACCUGCGGCGCUGGAAGCUGCCCGACCUGCUGGCGCUGCAGGAGGAGGCUGUGCUCGUUGGAUGA